CACAGGCCGUUUGCACGCUCGCAAAAAAUAGACGAGGCGCCAUAGUGAGCUCGUUUAGACGUUGGUUCUGUGACGUGCGAUUACGUUUAACCGAAAUAAAUUCGAUCGAAACCGUCUUGUGGAACGCGACAAUAACAGACAAGUCUAUUUAAUUACACAUUACGUGUAUACUACGUUACGUAAUAUUAUUAUCGAGUGUGUAUUUAUUGUCAUUUUUAUCGUUAAGUACCGAAGUGCGGAAAUUUAAAUUAUUUUGAAAUAAUGAAUGUUCCUCUUCACUUGGUGAGCUGAAAUCGAUUGAAAUUCAUAAUGUCUUUGAAGAAGGAGUCCCGCACGGACGUGCAGUUCCACCUGGCGGCUCUGCGCGGAGACUGCGACCGGCUGCGGCAGCUGCUCGACACCGGCAAGGUGCACAUCGACUCCAGGGAUAGGGAUGGCACCACGCCCCUGAUCCUGUCAGCGGCCAUGGGGCACACGGAGUGCGUGCGGGAGCUCCUGGCGCAGGGAGCCGACCCCGCCUGUUGCAGGACGACAGGAACCAGCGCGUUGUUCUUCGCGGCCCAGGGCGGGUUCCUGGACAUCGCGAAGCUGUUGCUCGACGCGGGAGCGGCCAUCGACGCGCCCAGCACGGACGGUGGCACGCCGUUGUUUGUUGCGUGUCAGUGCGGCCAUCUGCCGGUCGUCGAGGAGUUGAUAAGGAGAGGUGCAAAUGUCAACUCCUGUAUGAAGGAUAAAGCGAGUCCGCUGUUCAUCGCGGCGCAGAACGGGCACGAGGAGGUGUGCCGGCGGCUGGUGGCGGCGGGCGCGAGCGUGGACGCGGCGCGCGCGGACGCGGCGUCGCCGCUGUGGAUCGCGGCGCAGUGCGGACACGACCACGUGGCGCGCGCGCUGCUCGCCGCCGGCGCGCGCGUCGACCACGUGCGCCAGGAUGGUGCAACCCCGUUAUUCAAAGCGGCCCACAAAGGACACGCAGCCGUAGUCUCAGAGUUGCUCAAAUAUAAACCUAACCUUGGACUGUUACCAAACGGUCAGACGGCGCUGCACGGCGCGGCGAUGUUCGGGCAGCUGUCGUGCGUGAAGCUGCUGGCGCGGCGCAGCGACGUGCGCGCGCACAACGCGGCCGGCCUGAGCGCGCAGCAGGCGGCGGCGGCGGCGCGCAAGCACGACGUCGUCGCCUACCUGCGCUCGCUCGACCGCGCCUGACGCGCCACGCCCACAGCCGCCCCGCGCCGCCCUUACCGCCCCCUCCGCCCUCUUCGCCCCAACCACCUGUUUCGCCAUCUACGCCAUCGCUUCUUCCGCCCCAGAUAAAUAUUCCGCCCAUUGCACCCCUUUCGCCACUUCCGCCCCUUCCGGCACUUCCGCCCCUUCCGCCCUUUCCGCCCAUUUCGCCAUUUGCCUUGAUGGUUAUCUAUAUUGCCAUGUCCCAAUCCCAACACUACACUAUUAAAAGUUAUGCAAUGGAGAUUCGCAACCAAGUCAAAUUCCCGCUCCAAACUACAUCUUUAGCCAAUUUUAUUGUUUAAUUCUCUUCUUUACGAAAUGUGUAUGUGUAUAAUAUUAUCUACUUUUAAGUGUACCAAUAUAGCGAAUGAUUACUUAAGUAAACCAAUUUUGUGUUAGCAAGAUACAUAUAUAAAAUUAAUUAGCUUCAAUAUUUAAAAAAAUAUAUUAUGUAAAUAUAUGGCAAAAAUUGUAUGCUUUUCUAUAGUCAUAUUGCGCUAUCUCAUUUAACAUAUUAAGAAUCGUUAAAUAUCUGUUAGUUCAUAAUGAAGAGAGAAAUCAAGUUAUAUUGUGCAAUUUUUCAUACAAGUAUAUUUUAAGUAACAUUGCUUAAGCUUUAAAGAAGCUGAGAUAUAUAAAUCCAAUUUUAUAUGAAGUAAAAAAUCUGUAAUUUAUUCCACAUGAAUUAUUCUUUUUUGUAACUUUUAUAUUGAGAAUUACUUUAACAAAAAAUGUCAUGUAAAGCUGAGACAUUUAUUUUUCUGCUCAGACAUGAUUAUAAAAGUUGGAUUCAUAGACCUCAGACAUACUGUAGGUAUAGUUGGAGAUAAAAAAGUAAAUGAUAUUAAAUCUCAUAUAAACUCGCAUCGAUCUGUACACAAUCUGAUUAAACAUUAGGAGUAAUACGUUAUAAUAUUGUAUUAUUAUAGAUCAUUGUACAUAAUAUGUCGCCCGGCUCUUAAAUCAGAAAAAAAAAUGUGCUUAGGAACCAAAAACACGAACAACACUUUUUUAAUGUUAUAAUCAAAAUCGAGGGCCAAGCGUCUAUAUAAAAUAGUAAGCUUUAGCUGUUCGCCUUAAUUACAAUACCUCACAUGUAGUAGUUGUGGUUUAGACUGUAGCAAUGCCAAAUGAAAUAACCAGUAAUGGACACAUACCAUUUCAUAGGACAUGAUAAUGCUUUUUAUUUACUAUUGAUGUGUCCUGCUUUUAGAUUACAGUACCCUCAGAUUUACAAAUGAUAUUGCUACGUUUUAAAACACUUUUUAAAGCAACUAAACACAUGUAGCCUAUUAUUGAUAUUUGAAUAUUGUCUUUUGGUUUAGUGCAGUAACUAGCCUUACAGCUGACGAGUUGAACGGUUGAGUUUACGAUGGUGCUGUUUAGAGUUAAGCAUGUGAAAUGUACAUACACACUACAUACACUAGUCAAUGUAUAUAUAUAUGCUGCAGUUACAUAUUAUAAACUUUUAUACAACAUAAUUUUUUAUGUACCUUAAUGCCGAAACAGCUAAUUUGGACUAGGUGUAAAAGAUCACAUAAAAAUAAAAUAAUAACAAAGAAAACUUAUGUGGUAUUGACUAUUGAUCGAUCAGCCGCAAUGAGCGAGCGGGACAUGUGCGGGGCCGGGGGCGGGGGUUGUCACAGCCGGUUGUUGUGGUAUUAGGUAUCAGAGGGCAACCGAAAUGAGCCAGAUUUUUAUCAGAAUCAAAGCUUACCUUGGUCACCUUAUUGUACAGGACAGUACAAGAAUGUGUUUUAAGCCAUUUUUAAACAACACAAGUCAUCACAGUUUUGCUAAUGUAAAUAUUAUGUAAACAAAAUUUUACCUUAUUUUAAGUAUUUAAAAGCAAUCACAACUUUUUUUAAAGUUACUUAAAAUCACAUUUAAAAAGAUAUGUAACUGCAGUUUCAUUUUAUUGUUUAGUUAAGUCUUACGUAUUCGACAGAACACAAUAGUAAAAUAUAACGAUAGCUCUUGGUGUAUUUUUGAACCUAGACCAAUAUGUUAUUGUGGUCCAUUCAAUAUCACUGAUCCUACGUAUUAGCUUAGAAAUUAUAUAUUUUCAUACAGACAUAAUAAUAACUGUUUUAUCUAACACACACCAUGCAUUGUGCAUUUUUAUUUACAUUUUAUUAAACCAUAAAGCUUUAUAGGAAAUCGGUUUAUGAAAUAUUUUUUAUUAAGCUACAGCUCGUAUCGACUGUACAUGAAAUCUGUUGUAUUUUAGUACUUAGUGUAUCGUGUUAUUUAUUUUACGUUAGGUUAAUUUAUUUUUAAGAUUUUAAAACUUCUAUAACGCUCAAUGUGCAAGUUUUAUUUGAAAUUUUAAGUACAUUGUUUAUUUUGAAUCUCCCGAUGAUCUUACGAUUAGAUUUUACUUUAAUUUUGAAGUAACGGUUAUAAAGCACGCCAUUUUUAAAUAAUGGUGACUGGUGCGCCAUCUGUUAGCACACUGUAUAUAAUAAACUCCGAUAGAUGUCGUUUACAAAAAUAUUUUUCGAACUGACAUUUCAUCAUACCGUUUUUAAAAAGAAGUACAUACAUUCUGAUGUACCCCAAGUAUUUAUACCCAUUUACUUAAUUAUAUUAGAAUUUCAUAAGUCAUUAGCACAUUGCGGCUUAAAACAGUUUUGUAUUUAUGAAGUUUGCUUUAGUUUAUUGAAUUGGUUUCAUUCAUUUAUCGUCAACCAAAUAUUAUUUUAGUGUCCCAAAAUUAUAAAAUUACCCAAGCUAAUUGAAAUUAAUUUGAGGGUAAAAAUCUGGUUGAUGAUAGACAUAAAUAAAACUGCGCAUUUGUUAAAACAUUUUUGUUGUACGUAAUAAAACCAUUUUUAUAUA